AUGCACGACCCGGGGAAGUGUCCCAUGGAGGAGUUCUACAACAUGAUCCGUCAGUGGUACGUCCCGAAUAAGCAUGCGGGGAUGCUACCAGAGAAGGCCGAGAAGAUGUUAAACUAG